GGCCAGUACAGGAGAGCAACCAGGUCAGCUGACAUGUAGAUGCCGCGUAUUUAUUGAGGUCUCUACACAGUACGAGCCACCAACGAAAUAGCUGGCCCAACCAGGAUGCGCAGAGAUUGAUACAUAUUGAUAAUUUCGGUCUCUGUACGCAGCGCGGAGGGGAACUUCAGUAGCCUUGAUGAGGACAGCUCCCCUCCGGUCGAUGCUUUGAAGAAAGGGGAGAGUCGAAGUUAUCGCAUCACAAGUCAAGUCUGCAGUAGGCCUAGCAGAAUUAUCAAACGCGCACAGUGGGGAGUGGGCUGUCAUCUCCCGUGGGUAGGUGUGUGUGUGGCACGGGUUUUCCCCCAGUAUAGUUGCAUGCCGAAUAUUGUGCGGUGUGGUAAGCUACCAAGUGCAUCGACCAGCGAUGGCGGAAUGUGGAAUGAAGGCGCUUUCUGUCCUGGAGGCGGCCCGCUCACGCUACGAAAGCUUGCAGAUUUCAGAUGAUGUUUUUGGGGAAUCGGGAGAUGACAGUAGCGACAAUCCCUUUUACAGCACUUCGGGUGACUCGAAUUCGGAUAACUGUUGCUUGGAGGCCGGGGAUGAUCAAAGGGCAGGUGAGACUGGGAAUUGUCAAAACGGAGGUCCACCCGGCUCUAUCUCAAAGACCCAAGCAGAGAAGGAUGGAUGGAGCGACACACUGCAAGAUAUCACGGUGGCCCCCUACAACGACACAUAUGGCCCUAUCCAGAGAAUGCCAGCCACAGCCACUUGCAUGGACUUCUUCCAGCUCUUUGUGCCCGACAACGCCAUCCAGAACAUGGUGACGCAGACCAACAUGUAUGCCAAGAAGUACCAGGAGCGCUUCGGCAGCGACGAGGGCUGGCGGAAUGUGACGGCGGCUGAGAUGAAGGCCUUCCUGGGCUUCGUGACUUCCACCAGCGUUCACCGCUGUGAGUCAGUGCUCAGUAUCUGGAGCAGCGGCUUCUUCAGCAAUCGCAGCAUUGCACUCAAGAUGAGCCAGGCACGCUUCGAGAAGAUCCUCAAGUACUUCCAUAUCGUGGCCUUCCGCUCCAGCCACGGCAGCCAUGGCCUCUACAAGAUCCAGCCCUUCCUGGACUCACUGCAGCAGUCGUUCGGCUGCAGCACCUUCCGCCCCUCUCAGACUCAGGUGCUCCAUGAGCCUCUGAUUGAUGAGGACCCGGCGUUCAUCACCACCUGUACAGAGAGAGAGCUGAGGAAGAGGAGGAAGCGGAAGUUCAGUCUGUGGGUCCGCCAAUGCACAUCCACUGGCUUCAUCUGUCAGAUCUAUGUGCAUCUAAAGGAGGGCCGGGGUCCUGAUGGGUUGGCCACCCUGAAGAACAAGCCUCAGCUCCACAGUAUGGUGGCCAAACAGCUGUGUCAGAACCUCUCAGGCCGCAACAGCAUCAUCUUCACCGGACCCAGCAUCACCAGCCUCAACCUGUACCAGGAGUUUGAGAAACAGGAGAUCUACUGCUGUGGGCUGCUGAGCACCAGAAAGAGUGACUGCACCGGCCUGCCCCAGUCCAUGCUGGUGAACCCUGAGAGCCCCCAGCAGAGAGGCCAGUCCUGCAGCAUGAUGAGAGGUAACACCUCCCUCAUCAGCUGGUACAACAAGGGACACUUCCGCUUCCUUACCAACGCCUACUCACCCACCAAGAAAGGGGUGAUCAUCAAAAGGAAAAGUGGUGAGAUUCCCUGUCCGCUAGCUGUGGAGGCCUUCGCUGCACACCUCAGUUACAUCUGCAAGUAUGACGACAAGUACAGCAAGUAUUUCAUCUUCCACAAGCCGAACAAAACGUGGCAACAGGUGUUCUGGCUGACCAUCAGCAUCGCCAUAAACAACGCCUAUAUCAUGUACAAGAUGUCCGAUGCCUACCAGAUCAAGCGCUACAGCCGAGCGCAGUUUGGAGAGAGACUGGUGAGGGAGCUGCUGGACUUAGACGACUGCUCUCCUACCCAGUGAGGCGACCACAUAAUCUUUGUAAUAUACGCACACACAUACUGUGUACACACACUGUCACACGUCUCACACGUACCCACAAACACACACUGUUCAUCACAUGCAAAACACUAACACACACUAACCAAUACACUAAUAGAUUUGUUCUUUACAAUUGUAGACACUGGGAUAGGUCAUUUCUUAAAUGAAACAAUAUUUUAACAGUGCCAAGUCUGGGUUAAAUGGGUUGGGGAACCAAACCUCCAGGUUUGGAGAGCAGGUCUCUAUAUCUGAGUCGGAACGGUCUAUAGAAUAAAGUUUCUUUACUGAGGCACAAAGCAGAGCCAUUGUACAGUACACAUGUCUCUAUUGUUAUUGUCACAGGCUGCAUGACAAAAACGCAGUUGGAUAAUGUACUGUUGUUCAAUGUGCAGAUUUCUUUUUUUUGAUCUGGUUAAACAUUGUUUCCAUGUAGAGCAAUGUCACUCUGUAAUGUAAAUCUAUGAUUCUAUUCAACCACCUAUGGAGCAACAUCUGGUGAGUUCUCUCCAAGAUAGACCUGAACCACUAAGAAGAAAUACUUUAUGUGUAUGUCGGUAGGUAUGUAUGUAUUACAGUACCAGUCAAAAGUUUGGACGCACCUACUCAUUCAAGGGUUUUUCUUUAUUUGUACAAUUUUCUACAUUGUAGAAUAAUAGUGAAGACAUCAAAACUAUGAAAUAACACAUAUGGAAUCAUGUAUUAACCCCAAAAAGUGUUAAACAAAUCAAAAUAUAUUUUAGAUUCUUCAAGGUAGCCACUCCUUGCCUUGAUGACAGCUUUGUAUACUCAUUGCAUUCUCUCAACCAGCUUCACCUGGAAUGCUUUUUCAACAGUCUUGAAGGUGUUCCCACAUAUGCUGAGCACUUGUUGGCUCCUUCACUCUGCAGUCCAACUCAUCCCAAACCAUCUCAAUUGGGUUGAGGUCAGGUGAUUGGAGGCCAGGUCAUCUGAUGCAUUACUCCAUCACUCUCUUUCUUGGUCAAAUAGCCCUUACACAGCCUGGAGGUGUGUUGGGUCAUUGUUCUGUUGAAAAACAAAUGAUAGUCCCACUAAGUGCAAACCAGAUGGGAUGGUGUAUUGCUGCAGAAUGCUGUGGUAGCCAUGCUGGUUAAGUGUGCCUUGAAUUCUAAAUAAAUCACAGACCAGAUCCUCCAUGCUUCACAGUGGGAACCACACAUGCAGAGAUCAUCCGUUCACCUACUCUGUGUUUCACAAAGACACGGCUAUUGGAUCCAAAAACACUAAAUCCAUUGCUCGUGUUUCUUGACCCAAACAAGUCUCUUCUUAUUGGUGUCCUUUAGUAGUGGUUUCUUUGCAACAAAUCGACCAUGAAGGCCUGAUUCACACCGUUUCCUCUGAACAGUUGAUGUUGAGAUGUGUCUGUUACUUGAAUUUAUUUGGGCUGCAAUUUCUGGGCUCGUAACUCUAAUGACCUCUGCAGCAGAGGUAAUUCUCGGUCUUCCUUUCCUGUGGUAGUGAGAGCCAGUUUCAUCAUAGCUCUUGAUGGUUUUUACGACUGCACUUGAAGAAACUUUCAGAGUUCUUGAAAUUUUCCAGAUUGACUGACCUUCAUGACUUAAAGUAAUGAAUGACUGUCAUUUCUCUUUGCUUAUUUGAGGUGUUCUUGACAUAAUAUGGACUUAGUAUUUUACCAAAUAAGGCUAUCUUUUGUAUACCAACCCUACCUUGUCACAACACAACUGAUUGUCUCAAACGCAUUAAGAAGGAAAGACAUUUCACAAAUUAACUUUUAACAUGACACACCUGUUAAUUGAAAUGCAUUCCAGGUGACUACCUCAUGAAGCUGAUUGAGAGAAUGCCAAGAGUGUUCAAAGCUGUCAUCAAAGCAAAGUGUGGCUACUUUGAAGAAUAUAUUUAGUUUUGUAUAACACUUUUUUGGUAACUACAUGAUUCAAAAUGUGUUAUUUCAUAGUUUUGAUGUCUUCCCUAUAAAUCUACAAUGUUGAAAAUAAUAAAAAUAAAGAAAAACCCUUGAAUGUGUAGGUGUGUCCAAACUUUUGACUGGUACUGUGUAUCUAUAUAUACAUACACGUGUGUGUGUGUGUAUAAGCCCAGGAUCCUUCCAUUAUGUUUAAAUUAAAUAUGGAGGAGUAGAGUCUGCACUACAUUUCAUUACCAUCCCCCUUCCAGAGCGCUUGUCAUCCUGCUGAUACUUAAUACCUGAAAUGGGAAAUGUCCUGCUUACCAGGGUAAUGCUUACUGUACUCAGUAACUUCAUAUCUCAGUCAAUAGGAACUAUGCAACUGGUCAUCAGAUCAUAUGACUGGCAGUCCCUAUUCUCAGCCAAUUGGUCCAUCACUGUAUAUUUGCAACAUCAUUGAAAGUUCUGGAUGGUGUGACUUGUGUUCAGGUUUUCAGACCGCAAAGGGAAGGGUUGAUGAUAUGAUAAAUUAUUCCAGUUCUUGCCAAUGAUGACCACAUGAACAUUAAUUUGGAUGAAGCCUACAGUUGUUCUACAACAUGACUACUGUCUCCAUGUGGCGUAGUCUUGGAUAAUCAAGAGCUGCAGGGGUCAGUUCAGUUCAACUCUAGAUUAACACUCUGAACUGUCCACAGCAAACCCUCACUCCCUGACAGACCACACAGACUAUUUUCAGUUCAGUUCAUGUAUGAUGAGCCUCUGGCUCAGCUGGGGAGCUAAGAGCUUUUCUCCACAUGAGUCAUGCCAGUGUGGCCCAUAUCAUCAUAUGGGCCACACUGUAGUCACGUCCACCGUCCAAACCCUGGAAGCAAGCCAGAAGCAAGCCUGACAUUGAUCUAUACAGUAUGUAAGUUGAGUUUAAAUUAAACAUUACAUACCGUCAGCCAUUAAUUAUCUCACUCCAAUGAUGUCACUAAAAGAUGAAGAGAAGAAAACACCAGACCCACGGAAGUUUGUCAAUGUUAUUCCUUUCAAAUGGGCUUAGAAGAAUGGAUCCUCCUAAUCUGCCAUAAUGACUUUGUGAGGCUGUGGUCUUGCCUCUUGUGUGGGGACAGUAUAGCACCCCACUGUGCUGUAUGUUCAGCUGCUUCAAGUCAGUGAAGUGAAUGUCACCGUGGAUUAAUGUAUCUUUGGCCAAUAGAGAAUGUAAUGUCAGUGUAAAAGUGAAAUCAAAGCUUUCAAUUGUGUGCAAUUCCAAAGUCCACGCACACAGGCCUAUUUUGUCCCUUGGCCGAUGACAUACAAUCGUGCUUAUCCGCUCCUUGCCACUGUGACUGUGUUAUUGAUGUGUGAAGUGUUUGGGAGAUUUGUACAACUGAGGCAGGGUUGUCCUAGCUAGGGCACUACUCAUGCACUUUCGAUGGUCCUGCACUUUAAGCAAUUCAAUAACGGUGUUUACUAAAUAUCCCUAGCUUUGAUCAAUUCCUUUAAUUAAUGGUGGUACUAAAUGCUUCCCCAGAAAAUAGAUGAGUUAAUGACGCACUUUAAUACUCUAUUGUGAAAAUGUGUUUUGUCGCAGUAUACUGAAGGUUUCAUUCUGUUUCAUUGCUAUCGCCUAUGUUUCCUCUAAUUGAGAGCUUGACCAUUCUAUGAAGAAGCAGGAAAUCCAUUUUUAAUAGAAAGGGUAAUUAUUGUCUGAGUGCAGACUUCUGCAACUGAGUGCUACAAUAUUUAUGCAGGAAUGAUUUAAAGGGGACAUUGCUGAUCAACAAAAGUACACAAAGAUGAUGAAUACUACAAGCCAAUGAAAAGGAAUUAUAUUCUAAAAACAUGAAUAUUUACCAAAAUAUAUGAUGUCCAUAUGCUAUUGAGGUACAUUUGUUUUGUUUUUGUGUGAUUAUAGUUCUAUCAGGGUCUUCACUUUUAGGUAAGACACAUGAUUGUGAUUUUUCACCUUUUCCUUUUCCCCGAAAAAACAUUGUCGUUCUUGUGUAUGUUUGUGUGAGAUCACUAGUUCUGUGCACUGAUCACUGUCUGAAAGAUUCUCUGACAUGCCAUAAGUAUGUUAAUGAUGCUAAUAACAAUGCUCUUUUGUUCUAAAUUGUUAUAUUGAUAGACACCAAGAAGUAUGCAUGAUACAGUCAACAACCUUUUCAAAGUAAACACUUCAAAAUCAAAUAUAAUAUCUUUAAAUGAUUGUCUGUUUGCGGUAUAUCUUAAUUAGUAAUCAAGUCCUUGGAUGUGCUCUAAAAUGUUCUGUAUGUGUAGUGUUACUAAGCGAUGUCUAUUAGGCCAUAUUUCAUGUUAUUAAUAUCACGAUGGCCAAGUAGAGAGCAGAUGACUCAUGUGUGGUGAUCUGUUAUUGCUACUCUGAGUGAUUUCAUGAACCAAUUAUAAUCAGGAGAGAUGGAGGGCUGUUAAUCCCCCUCCCCCUGUAUUCAGUUUUAAUCAGAACUGCUUUAGUUUAAAUUCUCAGGUUGAAAUUGUAUGAUCUAAAAUUUACAAUAAGAUAAAACAUGAGUUUUAUUUUAUUGCCCAGCCAUGUAUUAGAUAUAUUCUCAGUGCCUUUUACAUAGAACAUCUCCUUUUCUUACCAGGCAUUUCAUGCCAGUAUCAUGUGGCAACUUCUGCAGAGAAUAUCUAAAUAAAUAUAUAAUUUAUUCAAGAUGGAUAAAACAAACAAAAAAUGACAGUUUACCAUCUAUAUAGUGCAUCUGUGUUCAUUAAAUUAUUUUCUCACUCCAGGAUUAGAUUACUAGGUUUAUUGUUCAACCCUUACAAUAUUUGGUUCUUUAAACAAUCUACUAGAAAAGACAACAGACAUAAACUAUAUCAAUGGCCAAGCCAUAUCCAAUUCCUGAGGCCAGAUAUUUUUAUAAUCUUUGGCCAUUUAUCAUUUCCUGAAAUGUCUUUGUGUCAAUCUGAUGUCACUGUAAUUCCCUAGCUUCUGAGAGGCAAUGUUAAUUUACCAUUGCUCUGUAAAAUUAAUGAGGUCAGUUGAUUGACAGCCCACUCAGUCUAUUGCCACAUGCCAUCUUCUGUUAUUCGGUGGCAGGUAGCCAUUAGUGUUGGGCCAGUAACCAAAAGGUUGCUGGAUCGAAUCCCCGAGCUGACAAGGUAAAAAAAAAUUGGUCGUUCUGCGUCUGAGCAAGGCAGUUAACCCACUGUUCCCCGGGCGACGAAGACAUGGAUGUCGAUUAUGGCAGCCCCCACCCACCUCUCUCAUUCAGAGGGGUUGGGUUAAAUGCGGAAGACACAUUUCAGUUGAAUGCAUUGUUGUACAAUCCCCCUUUCUCUAUUUACUGCUGUUUUCAGACCCAUAAAGCAUAUAGAGCGCCAAUACCACGGUACCACUCGUGCACCCGCCUCCACCCGUAGCUGUUAAUGGACAAACUGAGACUGCAUGCAAGUAAGUUGGCUAGUCAGGCAGCCCAAUGCCCAUUGGGUCCUUUUAUAGUUAGUAAAAAGCCAACACAUUUUGUGAAUGUUUUUCAUUCAAUUCAGCCUCCACUCUGCAUUAGUGAUCAAGACUGCUGAAAUACAUUUUAAUAUGUAAUCUAGAAAUUUUGGACACCAUUUGUUAGUAAUUUCCAUACUAAAACACAGUGGAAGAUUACAAGAUGUUAAAGUGUAAUGACAGUAGCAAAAAAAUAACAACAAAUGCCUUUCUGUAGGCCUAUCGUGCAAUCUGACAAUUGAAAGUCUAAAGUUGGGACCUGAAGAUGUAUGAUUGAGACAGUCAAGGAAAUGAACUUUGCUGACCUCAGGGCUUCAUUAUUUGCUAUUAAUUAAAAAAAAUACAAUAAGGUGCUAUCAAAAUACUGUAAAAAAUUAUAGAUAAUAUUGAAAUAGAAAUAUUUAAAAUGUGCUCAAUCAAUGGUCAGUAGAAAAGUUGCCAAGACUAAUAUUAAGGGUAGUUGGUAAAAUUAAAUCUAGUUCCAGAGUGGUGUAUUUGACAUUGUACUAAUAAUAUGUAAAUAGCUCAUGUAAGCUGGACCAAACUUCCUAACGUAUCGGAUUAAUUCAAACUAUGUACAACACACAAACUGCAAUGUAUGACUGCUCUGGGAAUGUUGUAGAAACUGCUUCUUGUCCUGUCUGUGUUUUUCAUCGGUGGAGGAAAAGUGAUUGCUGUAUCGUGCGUGUUUGUUAUUUCUCCUCAUUGAGUGUGUAUGUAGCCUAUUGUAAACCUUCCCUCUGAUCUUCAUGUUAACAGUACACCACCCUGAUGACGGACUUCGUGAAUCGUAUGUUUACCACCUCUGUGUUUACACCAUGUUGCACAUCUAAUAAAUGUUCACGAUUUUAUACAC